AUGUCUCUCAAAGGACAGUACCGUCACUUGACUCUCCGUCAUGAGCAACGCAUUCUAUGCGACGAAGCCCCCAAGCUUCGACCUGGAGAAGCCCAGAUCCAUUCCUUCCAUCUCCCUUCCUUGACCGCGGGUCUGCACGAUCUUGCCAUCUCGCAGACUGUCACGCCAGACAAAGAUGAUCCUAAACACGGCAAGGAGCCCCCGACACGGGCGAUUCCCGUCAAGCGGCAGUUUGACGUCCUCGCUCCAGAAUGGUCCCUCAGCAGCAGCGACGGUGGUAGUAGUAACGAUCAGACGUCCACAGUCAUGUCCGUCUUCCCAGCACCAGGACAAACGGCACAGUUCCGGACCCUGCCGCACAUGGUGCUCCGUGACCCUCACCUCCCGUGGGCACGGCGUGUGUCUAAACAGAUCCUUCCGGACAAAGAAAAGAACACGAUUCCUUGGUUCGCUCUGAUAGCUUUUACAGCAGAGGAACUCGAAUUAAUCGAUGACGAAAGAAGCACAUUCUUCCCGCCAGAGGUGGGUGCAACACCCAAUGAGAACCUUGGCUGGGACCUGAGGGCCGGUGCAAUCGAGAAGAUACCAAGCAAUGACAAGCUACUGAACAAGAUCCAAAAACCCGCAGAGCGUGAUAAGCAGAUCAAGACCAGCGUUGUGACCGUUCCCGGACCGCUGUUCAAGAAGCUUUUCACCGAUUCCGAGGAUCCAAAUCCAACGCAGUGCGACGUUGCCAAGUUCCGAUUUCUAUCCCAUGUCCGGACAGUCGCUACCGAAGGCACGAUGUCGGCCAUUGAGGGAGACUGGACCUACACGGCUCUGCCACCUGGUUCCUUUGAUGUGCGAAGUGCGCUCCAAGAUAUCGGCACUGGUGGAAAGGGGCUCAAGGUCUUGCGAACCGACAACACCAGCACGCCCAAGGCUGACAAGUCAGGGCCAGAGACAGGCAAGGAAAAUCUUGGUCUAUCCUUGGAAGAGCUGGUGACGAAACGACAGAACGACGGAUACACCAUCGUCCGACACCGCACCAUCACGGGCGAGCAAACAGUGGCCAUGUAUCGGGGGCCACUCUCUCCCACGAGAGUCGCUCAUCCAUUAAACACCAAUAUUUCUUUCCAGUCGAACUUCGGUACAGACCUCCAGAUUCUCGAUCCCAACCUAGGACUCAUGGACAUCUCGUACGCGACUGCCUGGCAGCUUGGCAGAACGCUGGCAACGAGUGACCAGUCCUUCCCGGCCUCACUGGCUCGUCUUCGAACCGCGAUCCACCGAGACGCACUCGCCAGGGCCAAGGAGGACAUCUAUAAGCGACUGGGAAGUGCAAAUUCGCAGACCAUCGACACGGUGGCAUAUCACAGCCGUGCCCGCGUCGUGUCGGACAUGGACUCGACAGUUGCUUGCCUCAACGAUAUCAACACUGCUUUGCUUGCCUCGGCAAUGCCAACCGUAUGCACGAACCGGUGGAAGCGACGCGAACCAGUUAAGAACCUCAACCUAGUAUCCCUCCAUUCAAACCACAUCUUCAAGCAGAUGUAUUCCCAGGCCCUUUAUGUUUCAACCGGCUUGUCCACUUCAGCUGAUGGCGGGCCGUACUGCUAUCACACCGUCCCUACAAAUACCGACUACGCAGCAGUGCAAGAGUGGGUGCCCGACAAGCUUCACCUCGCCGGCAUCCCAUCUCACCACUUCAUCCCGGACCCGUCAUAUCUCCCGCAGGAGACGAUUCGGGUUUUCCGCGUCGAUGCCAACUGGACUGACGCCAUGGUGGCAUUGAGCCUUGCCAACCACGUCACAGACGAUCCUGCAGAAGACUUUUGCCGCAGCGCACUGAAAGCCCGGCUCAAUGAGUACCUCGCGACUCCCCUCAAGGGCAUCGGAUACUGCCAGCAGAUGCCUACAUACGGCUUCUUGAUGAAGAGCCAGCUGCUAGUCCAGUUCCCUGAUAUUGCAGUUAGUGCCGAGUUUGAGGAGCAGUUUCACACACGGGGGGACUGGGAUAAAGCCAAAUCUACCGCUCAAUUCUGGUACAGCGAAAGCUGGCUUCGGAUACCAUGCUGGUGCUGUUUGAUCGUGAGCCGCCUGGGUUGGGCACAGAAUCGCAUGCAAGGUGAAAUUGAUGUUGAACAUCAAAAGAUAUUUGCGUCUGAAAAUCCCGAGACAGAUCCUCUCAAGCGGGGUGGAUGGCUGGGUGGUGGCUCAAAGACUUGUCCGAUGGGAGAACUCUUUGACUGGCAGUCGAGGACGAUGCGUGUCGUCGAGUAUGCGAAGAAGAUACACGAAGUGCUCAGCAAGGAAAUGUUUCGAGAUCCGAAGGAGGACGGAAAGAAUGGACCUCUCGACCAAUAUAUCGAGCCGAGACCAACGGCAGCGGUGUUUGCUCUCCAGCUCAACGAGCCCAUCUAUACACUCGUCAUUGAGCCCGCACCAAGCAAUUCCAACACAGGGGCAAGGGCAAAGACAAGGAAAGAUAACCUGUCCAUCUCAGCAGACUGGGAGCACCUUUCAUUGCCACUUCUCAAGCCCGAGCAACGCACUUCAUCGUUCCGCUUCCACCCGCCCCCUUUUCCAGCACACAAAUACACUCCCUCGGCGCUGCCUUCACCACCUCCCAAGCCUUUAUACCAGCCGACCAAUCUGCUCCGCUACCUUCGACUGGUCUCGCCCAUCGAAUACGACAGCUUCAUCCCUACCAACCGCACCGUCCCUUUUGACCUCAUAUUUUCCAUCCUCGUCCCUCCUGCGUCCCAGUCCACGUUCACCUACUGCCUUACCAAGCUGACCGUGCGCCUCACCCUCGGGUCUCUCGAUGAUACGGGCCUUCCCAGCCCCGACGACGACCAGUCCUUCCGCCCUCUGGUCGUACGGAAACCGCGAAACUCGGAGCCCCCAGCCCCGACCAUGCUGUCCAACUUGCGCUUCAACGUCCUGAGGAGCUAUGACGGGGACGUGAUGAUCCCGGAGGUGGUCUCUCGAACGGCGUGGGGGGUGGAUAUGUAUACGCUCAAGGAGGCGAGUUUCGUACUACCGAUGGUGGAAGUGAUACCCUGGGAAGUGCCGUUUGGAAAGGACAAAGAUGGUGCGGAGAGGUAUUGGCGGACGUGGAUGCAGAUGAAGAGCGAGUUUUUAAUGGGCGACAGUCCGUUGACGUGGGAACAUGGCAGAGAGGUUCUGUUGAAGCGAGAGGUCAAGACGGUUCCUUGA